AUGGCCGUAGAGGUCAUUCCGGGAAGGCUCAGGAAGACAUGGGAGAUAUGGAAUAUCAGAGGAGUAAUUCUCAUCAGCCUUUUAUUACAAAUCUUUCUAUUUUUGGGUGCUCCCAUGAGAAAACGCACAGGAAAUAGGUUGGUCAUUCUGCUAGUCUGGUCAUCGUACUUUCUCGCUGAAUGGGCAACUAGCUUUGCUCUCGGGCUCAUCACCAGCGGCCAAAGUUCUAAGCAUGGUGAAAAUAGUGACCUCUUUGCAUUUUGGGCUUCGUUUCUGUUGUUACAUCAUGGUGGCCCGGACACCAUAACUGCUUUUGAGGAAAACGAGCUCUGGCUAAGGCACCUUCUUACCUUAAUAUCCCAAGUUGUCGCCACGUUGUAUGUCUUCCUCCAAACACUACCGCAAAGCAAGCUAUGGCUCCCAACUUCCCUUAUUUUCUUCGCAGGAAUCAUCAAAUAUGCUGAACGGACACAUUCUUUGUAUCUUGCAAGCUGGCGUACAUUCCAAGAAACCAUGCUUACGGAACCAGAUCCUGGACCAAACUACGCGAAGCUCAUGAAGGCAUUCUCUUCAAAGAAAGCAGCCGGACUUCCUACAACAAUGUCACAAACAAUAGAUGCUGUUAUUACAGAAUCAAAGGCCGUCUUCAAUUAUUGUCCUCGACCGAGCGAGAAGAAGGGAUUAGAGGACUUUGAGGUGGUGAAAUAUGCUCAUGAACACUUCUUGAAAAUCUUCAAGGGGCUCGUUGUUGAGCUAAUUAGCCAGCAUGAUCGACAGGAGAGCAUGUUAUAUUUUUGUAUGAGAAGUGCUGAAGAUGCGCUUAAAGUGUUGGAGGUUGAACUCAAUUUCAUCUACGAAAUUCUCUUUACCAAGGUAUUUGUACUGCAUAAUCUCAAAGGAUACUUUUUCCGCCUCCUGACCUUUCUUUCAGUUUGGGUGUCCCUAGCGUUCUUUAUUUUAGACUGCAAGCAAGGCUUGGAUAAGUUCGAUAUUAGAAUCACCUACACCCUGCUGGUCGUUUCAUUGAGCCUAGAGAUAAUAGCACUCUUCAAGCUCAUUUUCUCGGAUUGGACAACAGCUUAUCUCGAAAUGAAGCCAAAUACAAAUCCAAGUGUACUCAGGACCAUCUUCAGGAGAUUGCUCAAAAUUAGAAGUUCAAGGUGGUCUGAAUGCGAGGAUGACGCUGGCAACAAGUUUUCAAAGAGAGCUACAUCAGUAUUACUUCGCAGGUGGACUGAAUCCGGGGCAGGAUUUAAUUUGAUAACAUACUGCCUCAAGCAACUUCCCAAAUUGCCACUGAUGAGAGCCUUCUGCUUUGGCACAUUGCCACUGAACUCUGCUAUGGAAGAGACGUCGAUCACGAGACAAAACCUCAACCUGAUAUACAUCGUGGAUUCAGUAAGCUCCUUUCAGAUUACAUGCUAUAUCUUCUAG